CACUCUGUCACUCAGGGGACCCUUCUAUCUCUUGGAAACUCGCAAGUUUCCCGUGCAGUGCAUUAUUGCGGAGUUAUCAUCUCUCAAAGCGGAGUAACCUGCUUUUUAGCCUGCGCUGCGUCGGUAUCCUUAUAACACAGCGCCACAGAACCGGGCCUCCAAAGAAUUUGAAACACCACCAGACCUAAGCAUCUUCACUCGCUGUCUUAUUCAGACCCGUCAUCCAUCAUAACUCAUCCGUGCACUGCACGCAACUGCUGUUGGUGACAAUCAGUCUUUCAGCGACUUUCUUUGCCUUUGUGCUUUUCCUCUUUCCUGACAGAUUCCUUACUCGCUCAAUCAGCCUUCCUCCUCACCCCGCUGUUUGGCUGUUUGCGUAUUGGUCUCUUGCCCUUAUCCUCAGCCCUCGCUGGCCCCGUCUCGUUCCUGGCGUUGCUUAACAUCCCACCCUGACCGCUUUUGCGUUCCAAGGCCCUGGAGGCUGUCAUCUUCAAACCAAAACAUCCAUCAGAUUUCAAGUGAAAUCGUGUGACACCCUGCCUGCAACAGUGCUCCAUCAACAACUUGUCACGACACAAUGGCCAACCGUUAUGGCGGCGGCUAUGAUCAAGGUCAUCAAUUGAGUGACAUCUCCAGUGGACAGGGAUAUCGAAGGGGAGACCGUCCUUCCGACGAUGAAGCAGAACACUCGUUACUCUCGCAGAAUACAGCCUACAACACACAAUACGAUGCUCCCCAUUCCCGACCCCUCACUCCAGGACAAGAAUCUGUCUACACUUUGAACGAAACAUACGCUGGCGGCGAUGCUUCAAAGGUGCCCACGACCGCAUACGGAGGACAAUUGCAGAACAACCCCUAUGAUCAACAAGGUGCUUAUGGUGCGAGCAACUCACAAGCCGGGUUCCCUUCUGGCCCUCCACAAGAACCUUAUGCAAGAGUGGACUCAACCGAGGCCUGGAGGCAGAGACAAGCACCAGGAUACGGAACCCUCAAGCGUUAUGCCACAAGAAAGGUCAAACUGGUCCAAGGUAGUGUCCUCAGCAUCGAUUACCCCGUUCCUAGCGCCAUUCAAAACUCCGUCCUACCAAAAUACCGCAAUGACCUAGAAGGAGGUAGUGAAGAAUUCACUCACAUGCGAUACACUGCUGCCACCUGUGAUCCGGAUGAUUUCACACUCUCAAACGGUUACAAUCUGCGACCAGUCAUGUAUAACCGACAUACUGAGCUCCUUAUUGCAAUCACCUAUUACAAUGAGGACAAGGUCCUGACCGCCCGCACGCUGCAUGGUGUUAUGCAAAAUAUCCGAGAUAUUGUCAACCUCAAGAAAUCAGAGUUCUGGAACAAGGGUGGUCCCGCGUGGCAGAAAAUUGUUGUCUGUCUUGUCUUCGAUGGUAUCGACCCUUGCGAUAAGAACACCCUUGAUCUCUUGGCCACGGUUGGUGUCUAUCAAGAUGGCAUCAUGAAGAAGGACGUGGAUGGCAAAGACACUGUCGUGCACAUCUUUGAAUACACCACUCAACUUUCCGUUACUCCCAAUCAACAACUAAUUCGGCCAACCGAAAACGAUGCUACAUCAUUGCCACCUGUGCAGAUGAUCUUUUGCUUGAAGCAGAAGAAUAGCAAGAAGAUCAACUCGCAUCGAUGGCUCUUCAACGCCUUUGGUCGCAUCUUGAACCCUGAGGUCUGUAUUCUGCUUGAUGCUGGUACGAAGCCCGGACCAAAGUCCUUGAUGGCACUCUGGGAAGCAUUCUACAACGACAAAGACCUCGGCGGCGCCUGCGGUGAAAUCCAUGCCAUGUUGGGUCGUGGCGGAGUGUUUGGACGAAAGCUUCUCAACCCCCUGGUUGCCGCGCAGAACUUUGAGUACAAGAUCAGCAAUAUUCUUGACAAACCUCUGGAGAGCUCCUUUGGCUAUGUCAGUGUGUUGCCUGGUGCCUUCUCGGCCUAUCGAUUCCGUGCGAUCAUGGGCCGUCCUCUAGAGCAAUAUUUCCAUGGCGAUCACACUCUUUCUGCCCGACUGGGCAAGAAGGGUAUUGAAGGUAUGAACAUCUUCAAAAAGAACAUGUUUUUGGCCGAGGAUCGUAUCUUGUGUUUCGAAUUGGUCGCCAAAGCCGGCUCCAAGUGGCACUUGUCCUAUGUCAAAGCAUCCCGCGCCGAGACAGAUGUGCCCGAAGGAGCUCCCGAGUUCAUUGGACAGCGUCGACGAUGGCUCAACGGUUCUUUCGCGGCUUCCAUCUACUCGCUGAUGCACUUCAGUCGCAUGUACAAGUCCGGUCACAAUAUCAUUCGCAUGAUCUUCCUCCACAUUCAGAUGAUCUACAACAUCGUCUCGGUCGUCCUCUCCUGGUUUUCUCUUGCAGCAUUCUGGCUCACCACCAAGGUUCUAAUGGACUUGGUGGGACAACCAUCCGAAUCCAACAAUAACUCGGCUUUCCCCUUUGGCAACACUGCGACACCAAUCAUCAACACCCUCUUGCAGUAUGCCUACUUGGGUUUUCUCCUACUUCAAUUCAUCCUGGCUCUCGGCAACCGACCCAAAGGCUCCAAGAUUGCGUACAUCAUCUCGUUCGUUGUGUUUGCUAUCAUCCAGUUAUAUGUAAUAGUAUUAUCGAUAUACCUGGUGGUCCGGGCUUUUACCACAGAGGAUGGAACAGAUAUUGUCACCAACGAGGGUGCGAACGAAUUCGUCAGGUCGUUCUUCGCAUCGACUGGACCGGGUAUUGUCAUUAUUGCUCUCGCGGCAACCUUCGGACUGUACUUUGUGGCUUCCUUCCUUUACCUCGACCCAUGGCACAUGUUCACGUCAUUCAUCCAGUACCUCCUGCUGAUGCCAUCAUUCAUCAAUAUUCUAAUGAUCUAUGCGUUCAGCAACUGGCAUGACGUGUCCUGGGGUACCAAAGGUUCGGACAAGGCAGAUGUGCUACCAUCUGCCCAGACCAAGAAAGACGAAAAAGGCAAGACGGCGGUGAUUGAGGAAGUUGACAAACCUCAGGCGGAUAUUGACAGUCAAUUCGAAGCCACCGUCCGAAGAGCAUUAGCCCCAUACGUUCCGCCAGUGGAGGAAAACGAAAAGACACUGGAAGAUUCAUACAAGAACUUCCGAACUCGAUUGGUAGCAACUUGGAUCUUUUCAAACGCGCUGCUUGCUGUGGCUAUAACAAGCGACAGUCUCUCCACCUUUGGGCUCACGUCCCAAGCGACACAACGAAGUGAAGGCUUCUUCCGAGCUCUUCUAUGGACCACGGCCGUUUUGUCUUUGAUUCGCUUCCUGGGAUGCUGUUGGUUCCUCGGAAGGACGGGACUGUUGUGCUGCUUCAGUAGACGAUAGACAGGCACCAGUCCUUGUAUUGUGUUUCUUGCAUGGCAAGCCUAAGUUUUUUCUCGGAUUGCUAGUUAACGGUUAUUGGAGAUGGCUUUAGGGGUCUCAACCUGGCAGACUGCGGGCACACGUCAGGUAAAAGCCUUGGUCACAUACUGAUGUGUCUAAUCCCAACCAAAAGUGUCAAUCUAGAUUGUAUGAACAAAUUCGGAUCGGUGGUAGAUGCGGGCAGAUGAUAGGUUUCUCUCAUAAUCACAGAACCUCGACGAACAUUAUAGUCUCG